AUGGCAAGUACUGUGGGUCAAGAAACGCAUGUUCUAUUGGUAGCACUACCAGUCCAAGGCCACCUCAAUCCAAUGCUUAAAUUCGCCAAACUUCUCUCACGACCGAACCUCCGAUUCACUCUCGCCACCACCGAACAAGCCCGUGACCUCCUCUCAGCCGCCAACACGGCCGACGAAGAACACCUUAGCCCAGUGGACCUCGCUUUCUUCCCUGAUGGGCUACCAAAAGACCACCCAAGAGCCGAUAAUUCUCUCCUCGUGUCAUUGAGAAAUGUCGGAGCCAAGAACUUGUCUAAAAUCAUCGAAUCAAAUAGAUUCUCUUGUAUUGUCACCGUGCCUUUUGCUCCUUGGGUUCCAGGUGUUGCAGCUGCAUAUAACAUCCCUUGCGCGCUCCUCUGGAUCCAAGCUUGUGGAGCUUACUCGGUUUACUACCGUUACUACAUGGCGACGAACACUUUCCCCGAGGAUCUAGAAGAUCUGAAUCAGACAGUUGAUCUACCAGCUUUACCAUUGUUGGAAGUUAGAGAUCUUCCUUCGUUUAUGUUACCUUCUUCGGGAAGUAACUUUAAUAACCUAAUGUUGGACUUCGUUGAUUGUUUGAAAAAUGUGAAAUGGGUUUUGGUUAACUCGUUUUACGAACUAGAAUCAGAGAUAAUCGAUUCGAUGUCUCAUUUAAAGCCAAUAAUCCCAGUGGGUCCUCUGGUUUCUCCAUUUCUAUUGCGAGCUGAUGAAGACAAAACCCUAGAUGAGAAAAAUCUUGAUCUAUGGAGAUCUGAUGGUGAUUGUAUAAAGUGGCUUGACACGCAAGCUAGGUUUUCGGUCGUUUACAUAUCUUUCGGAAGCUUGCUCAAAUGGUCUGUGAAUCAAGUGGAGAGCAUAGCAACGGCUAUGAGAAACAGAGGAAUUUCAUUUCUCUGGGUGAUUAGGCCUAAGGAGAUGGCUCAAAACGUCGGCGUUUUGCAGGAGAUGGUUCAAGAAGGACAAGGGGUUGUUAUCGAGUGGGGUCCUCAAGAGAGGAUAUUGAGCCACGUGGCGAUCUCUUGUUUCGUCACGCACUGUGGAUGGAACUCGACGAUGGAGACGGUGGUGACUGGUGUUCCGGUGGUGGCGUACCCGAGUUGGAUCGAUCAGCCGCUUGACGCGAGAUUGCUUGUGGAUGUGUUUGGGAUCGGAGUGAGGAUGAGGAACGAUGAAGUUGACGGCCAGCUCAAGGUUGCGGAGGUUGAGAGAUGUAUUGAGGCUGUGAUGGAAGGACCUUCAGCGGAGGAUAUGAGGAGGAGAGCGACGGAGCUGAAGCAAGCGGCGAGAUUGGCGUUGGCACCCGGUGGUUCAUCGGCUCAGAAUCUGGACUCGUUCAUUGGCUAUAUCACAAGUUGUGUUUAAGAAUUAUUGUUUUUA